AUGGACGAUUCUAUUGCCAACAUUAGACUUGCGGUGAGAUAUGUGAGGUCUUCUUCUCAUAGGCAUGAUGCUUUUAAGAAGUUUACAGCCACACUCAAACUUGAUUCAAAAGCUCUUAUAUGCCUAGAUGUACUAACUAGGUGGAACUCUACCUAUUUGAUGUUGGAGGCUGCUGAAAAGUAUGAGAAGGCUUUUAACCGCUUGAAGUUUGUGGAUUCCAAUUUUGAACCUUAUUUCAAGGGUGUUGAUGGUGGCAUAAGGAGAAGUCCUAAUGAGUUGGAUUGGAAAAAAUAUAGAUUGUUUUUGAGGUUUGUAAAAUUAUUUUAUCUUACAACUAAGAAGUUUUUGGGGUCUCUCUUUGUGACUUCCAAUGCUUUUUACAAAGAAAUAUUUGUUAUUGAAAGCAAAAUUAACCAAUUAAUUUUGGAGAAGGAUGAUACUUUGAGCACAAUGGCAAAGAUUAUGAAACAAAAGUUUAGCAAGUAUAGAGGGGAUGGAAAUAAUAAGAAGGUGGAAGAUAUGGUAGACAAGGUUAAGGGUUGUUUAAGUCGUUUGUAUAGUCAUUAUGUCACAUUUUAUCCUUCAAAUAAGAAACUUCGAAGUGUGAGUGAAGUUGUGAAUAUGGUGGAAGAUGAUGAUAAUGAUCCUUAUUCUUUGGUUAACUCCCAAUUUAAUUCCUAUUUGGAGGGGCAAUGCACUAGUGGAUCUAAGUCGAAAUUGGAACAAUAUUUGUCCGAGGUUGAACAUUUUGCAAAGAAUCAAACAUUUGAGAUUUUGGCUUAUUGGAAGGUGAAUGCAACCAGAUAUAGAGUGCUACCGCAACUUGCAAGGGAUGUGUUGGCCAUGCCUAUUCCUACCAUUGCGUCGGAGUCAGCUUUUAGUAUCGGGGGAGCGUAUUCUUGA